UUAAUUCCGUCGAUUAAUAACUAAUAUUACAGAAAUACAGCGAGCGUCUUAACUGUUACCACAACAAUAGUCUCUAAUACAAACUUUAGUAUUCACAAACAAGUACCUGUACCGCUCAGUUAUAAUAAAUCAUUAAGGAAGUGCUUACGAGCUAGCAUCGACAGCUAACUUCGGACUAGCUAGUUCGGCAAAACAAGAUAUUGAAGGCUGGUCAUCGUCUCUCUUCAGCUAAAAAGAUAAAGUUCCAAUACAUCAGCAUCAUGUUUCAUGGGAUUCCAGUAACUGGAGGUGUGGGAGGAGCUCCGGCCAAUAAGCCUGAGUUAUAUGAGGAAGUGAAAUUAUACAAGAAUGCAAGAGAACGAGAGAAGUAUGAUAACAUGGCAGAGUUGUUUGCUGUCGUCAAGACCCUUCAGGCCCUGGAGAAGGCUUACAUCAAAGACUGCGUCACACCUAACGAGUACACUGCUUCCUGUUCCAGGCUGUUGGUUCAGUAUAAAGCUGCUUUCAAACAGGUGCAGGGCUCUGAUGUGGGCUCCAUUGACGAUUUUUGCAGGAAGUACAGACUCGACUGCCCAUUAGCCAUGGAAAGGAUUAAGGAGGAUCGGCCAAUCACCAUCAAGGAUGACAAGGGCAACCUGAACCGCUGCAUUGCAGAUAUAGUUUCUCUCUUCAUCACUGUGAUGGACAAGCUGAGACUGGAGAUCAGGGCCAUGGAUGAGAUCCAGCCAGACCUGAGGGAGCUGAUGGAAACCAUGAACAGAAUGAGCAACAUGCCGCCAGACUCCGAGGCGAAGGACAAAGUCAGCCUCUGGUUGACCACCCUCAGCAGCAUGUCAGCCUCAGACGAGUUGGAUGAUAAUCAGGUGCGCCAGAUGCUGUUUGACUUGGAGUCGGCUUACAAUGCCUUCAAUCGCUUCCUCCACUCCUCCUAAAACAUCUGUCCAUUAUUGAUCCAUCUGUCUGAAAUUCUGACUGUAAUAUCUAUUAAGUUAAAAAAAAGAAAACACUCUACUUUCUCCCUCUGCUUGUUGGUAGGGAGCGGAUUUAUAUCUAGACAGGUUUUCUGUCUCAUAUCCUCCCAAUUCUUUCCUGUUUCCUAUGUCUUUGUAUUCAUGUUUUGUACCAUUCGAACUUCACCGCCUUGUAAACUCCGCUGUAUCUGGUACAUGUUGCUGCCUGUAGCCUUGCCCACCAGGCUCACCCUGUGCUGCGAGACGCUCCAUCGGCCUCUUUUCUAACCAAACUUGUGUGAUAAAUCAUUUAACAUUGGCUGUUUAUUCUGCCCUCAACAAAACAGUUUACUUCUAACUUUGUACUGUAAUAUCAAAAAGGUCUAAUUUUAUACUUAAGUUUUGCAGAGCACCAACAAAGAAGCAUGAUUGAUACAAUUAUAUUUGGGCAAAGUCUGCACACGAAGAAAAGGUUGCAACAGCCAAAGCCUUUAUAUUAUUGGAAAGAUAAAUAUAUAUUUUUUUCUUUUUGGUACCCUAAUUCUAUCCACUUAGCUUUACUGUUCUGUAUAACAUUUUGUUUUUCUAUCACACAUGUUUACUGCAAAUUCCUGCAAUAGUUUUUGUUGAUAGAAAAAUAAGCUGACAUAGGCUGUCAGUUAAAUUAAAAUAAAUGCAGCUGAAAUAAUCGUUUGUGAAACUGCACUUCUGAUUAAUAAUUGUAUUGAAUCUAUGGUGGAAGGAAUUAUUUGUGUACAUUUUCUAACCCUGUUUUCUGUUAUAUGUAAUCCAUAUUUCAUUUAGAAGUGAGGGUUUGGUCACAUGAAAUG